UUAGCAAGUGUCAUUCUCUCUUUGUGUCCCAGAUGCUUUCGCGAUCUUCAAAAGGUGUCGCGGGGCUUCUGAGCUGCCCGAUACCCCCUUCCUCCAGAAAAUGUUCGUUGCCAUCGAUCCUUCGACUACGCGACGUUUUUGUCCGGUCCCAGCAUACGGAUGGCGAACCAGAAAAUGAUAGCAAAGAACGCACAGAAAGCACAGAAAGCGUAGAAAACACAGAAAACACAGAAAACACAGAAAGCCUAGAAUCCCGACCACCCCGAUACAGACGCAGAGUAAAACCUCAGACAGGACCAACGAGAGGGAAAUUUGACAAAGUACCGAUCAAUGUAUCUUCCUUGGGAAAUCCUGGUGAAGUAGUUGUCGUACCGCACCCAAAGCGUCGCCGCUUUGCCUACCUCAAACAUCCGAGAUAUCGCACCGACGAAAACACAAAAAAUGCGCUGCCGUUUAUGCUGAACGAUAUAGAGAACGCCGACGACAUACUCGAUGACGAUUUAAUUACGGAACGAAUCGAAAGUUUUCGCGCACCUUAUCGCCCGGGAGAUAAAUUGAGUCCCGCCGAUUGGGAGAAUCUUCGGUCAGAUUUCCAGACAUCAUUUACAAUCCAGCAACUGUCGGACUAUAUUGAGCAGUUUAAGGCGGAAAACACAGUGCCGGAGGAAGGGCUAAUACUUCAUGGAGGUGCAAAACUCGCCCAAUGGAGGCCGGGGACUUCAGCGUUCUUUGAAACGGAAUCGGCUCCCCAGGUGGGAGCCGCUAAACGAGUUGCAACAUCCCUGGAUCUGAGAGGCAAGUAUCUGCUCACUGAGCGGAUACUUCGCGAUUGCUGGCACCUUGGGCUCAUUGGCGAGGUUGGCCAGUUGGAUAUUCGUCUUCCCGCCCAUUCACUAUCGUUAUUUCUACACUCCGAGCACUUUUCCUUCGAGGAGCUGGCUGGUCUUCACGAUGCGAAGAUCGAUAUCACGCAUUCGCUUGGUCUUGUUCGUAUCACCGGAAAGCUGCAUUCUUGCGAAUUCAUCCGUGACAUCAUAUACGAUGCCACGACCAGGAUACGAGAGGAGGAUCUUGAACUGUACGCCCCUGGCGCUACCCCAAAAGGCAAAACCCGUGUUUUCACUGCGGAUUUCCUGUCAUGGGUCAGCAAGACUUACGGCGUCUCAUUCGACCUGACCUCCACUACACCAACUAAGAUGUUCUACCUUGUCGAAAACAAACCGAAAGCAGAUAGUGCUCGAAGGACACUGAAUCUGGCAAUCCACGAUGCCAUUCAGCCUCCGGUACCAUUCGGCACUUAUAUGGCAGCCUCAGAGCCCGUCGACACCUACGACAUCAACCCGGAACUCAAUGUAUCAUGGUUUGAUCGACAGAAGUCAUGGUUCCGCUGGGCCGUACCAUCAGCACAAACAACCGCAUCAGGCAUGUCAGACGCACCAUUCUUCAAUAAACACGAAACGCGCCUAUCAGAUGAACUCCUUAAACUUCUACGAGCAAGAUCACGCACCAAUCUCGGCAACGCCGAAGCCCACGAGAGCAUAACAGCAGCAGUCGGCCGUUGUCUCUUCCAGCACAAGCCGUUCGAAGGGAAAGUCAUCACCGCCGCCCAACUAGGCAAACUGGCACCUCCACGAACCUUUACAACCGAUAUCCCCCGAGUAAUCCCAUUCCUGCACCAGCUCGCCGCAGACUAUCCGGAGGAAGAAAUCCAACCGCACCGUCUUCGCCUCGUCCCAUCCGCAGUCCACGCAAACAUCUUCCCCCAACUCGAACUCGAAGUUGCCAUAGCCCCAGGAGGCUUCGAGUCCGAAUACAAUGUGCAAAACGCCAGAGCAAUCCUAUCCCAAAGCAGUGUCGACUACCUCCUCCCCGAAUGCGGCCUCGAUCUCCGCUUCACCCGGAAAUUAACCCACGACGUACUGGACAGCUUCGGCGAGGACGGCCCCCUGCAACCCCUCCAGGUCUCUCUGCGGGAAUUCUUCUCCAAAGCGGUGAUCUACGAGGGCGAGACUCCUCUUCCGGCCUUUUCUCAGCUCUCAAUCCCCAACCAUCUCUUGGUUGAGGCGGGCGAAGAACGCGAUCCCGAUGGCUUCACUACGGCAGAGUACAUGUAUCUGCCUGUUAGCGAUUUCCGGGGCACCCGUCUCCAUCAGUAUGACUUUGAGGGUCACCAACUUAAUUACUCUUUCUACGAGAGUGGGCCUUUCAGUCCUCAUCGUACGACGGAUAUUUUCUUGGACAUGGAUGUGGCUGGUACGUCGGAACAGUCUCCUUCGGAGAAUGGUGACUCUCAGGAGCCUGUUCGACGAGAGUUUGGUUCGUUCUAUAAGGCGGCUUGCUCUUUGGCGUUUGAAUUGGAUAGAUCUGGACGUAUGAUGUGAGAUGGAUGCGGUUAACGCUAAAUAUAUAUGUAUAUUACUUAGAUUUUCUUUUUCGUGUGAGCCAUCGUUGCUCUUGUUUUAAUAAUCUUUGAAGAAUGUAAAUACGGUUAUAC